GAGACAUUUUCUGGGUCAGGUCUCCUGUUGAUACCAUAAAUAUCUUCUUUGUUUCCUUGUGAAUUUUCUUUCUGACAUGAAUGGCAGUGUCUAUGUCGUUUUUAAAGCAAAUCUCAUGGUAGUUUUUCUAUUGAAAGGUCUAUAACAAAAAUUGUGUUCUUGAUACUACUAUAGUUACUAGCUAUUUGAGGUUAGAAUGUUUACCUAGACAUAAAAAGAGAAUUAUUACUCCUAGUAGAUAUCUAGUAAUUUCUAUAACCCCCCAAAAAUUCCACAGACUUUAUCUAAAUUUAUUGAGUAUCACAGAAGGAACAGAUUCUGUCUGGUAUACCAGUUAACCAGAUGAAAAAUACUACAGAACUACCAAAUUUGCCAAGAUCUGAGGGGAAAAAAGAGCCCCCCACCCAUUAUACAAGCAGCUAAUCAGCAAAAGGCAAAAUAUUAUGGACAGUUCAUGAAAAUGCUAAUUCAGAGAAACAAUAGAAAUCAUUCCCCAUAGUGAUUUUUGUGAAAAGAAUACCUAAGGAUAUGAAUAUAUGUUAUAUCACUUUCUUUAAAAAAAUAUGUAGUCUUAUACAUUUUGGAAACAGAGUUAAUGAACCCAAACAUUUUCUUUUACUGUAGAAAUUCUUAUCUAUAUAUGAAUGCAGAAUUCAUAGGAAAUACAAAAACGUGUGGUAAUAAUGAAAAGAGGGGCCGACGCCUUGGCUCACUUGGCUAAUCCUCCGCCUGCGGCGCCAGAAUCCCAUAUGGGCACCAGGUUCUAGUCCCGGCUGCUCCUCUUCCAGUCCAGCUCUCUGCUGUGGCCUGGGAGUACAGUGGAGGAUGGCUCAAGUGUUUGGGCCCUGCACCCGCAUGGGAGACCAGGAGAAGCACCUGGCUCCUGGCUUUGGAUCAGCGCAGCACGCCGGCCAUAGGGGCCAUUUGGGGGGUGAACCAACAGAAGGACGACCUUUCUCUCUGUCUCUCCCUCUCACUGUCUGUAACUCUACCUGUCAAAUAAAUAAAUAAUCUAAAAAAAAAAAUAAUAAAAAGAAAUCCAUUUUGGGUAGAAUGCCUCCUAGGAUGACUGUUUAAGUAAAAUUUCUUGUAUGUUGAUGUACAUGAAGUUCAUCUAUAGUAGAGCAGAUGGCUUCAGUAGGGGUGACUUAAUUCUCUCACAUGUAAAAGCAGCUUAGGGCCAGCGCCACAGCUCACUAGGCUAAUCCUUCGCCUGCGGCGCCGGCACACCAGGUUCUAGCCCCGCUCGGGGCGCCAGAUUCUGUCCUGGUUGCUCCUCUUCCAGUCCAGCUCUCUGCUGUGGCCCAGGUGCUUGGGCCCUGCACCGCUUGGGAGACCAGGAGGAAGCACCUGGCUCCUGGCUUCAGAUCAGCGCAAUGUGCCAGCCGCAAUGCACCGGCCAUAGCGGCCACUUGGGGGGUGAACCAAUGGAAAAAGGAAGACCUUUCUCUCUGUCUCUCUCUCUCUCACUGUCUUAACUCUGCUUGUCAAAAAAAUAAAAAAUAAAAAAAAAGAAGCUUAGGAGUAGGCUAAUACUGACAUGACAUCUCUAUGUUUAUUGGUGACCCUAGCUCCUUCCAGUGCUCUGUCAUAGGAUUUGAUCUAAAUUGUUAGGGUUCAUAUAGCUGCUGAAACUCAUUCAUCUCAUUUGUAUUUGAAAAAUAAAUUAGGUGCUGGUGUUUGGCAUAGAGGUUAAGCAGUCAGUUGGGACCCCUGAAUCCCUUACCAGAGUGCCUGUGUUUGAUUGCCAGCUCUGGUUUCUGAUUCUAACUUCUUGGUAAUGUAUACACUCUAGGAGCAGUGUUGAUGGUUCAAAUAAUUGGUUUUCUGCUACCCACUUGGGAGACUUGGAUUGUAUUCCUUGCUUCCGGAUGUGAGGGUAACCUAACGGAUGGGACCUCCCUCUCUCUCUCUUACUCUCAUUCUCUGUCCCACUUGAUCACUCUCUCAAAUAAAUUUUUUUAAAGAUCCAUUUAUUUACUUGAAAGGCAAAGUUAGAGAGAGAGAAAGAGAGAGAGGUCUCCCAUCUACUGGUUCACUCUUCAGAUAGCUUCAAUGGCUAGAGCUGGGCGGAUCCAAAGCCAGAAGCCAGGAGCUUACUCCAGGUCCCCCAUGAGAAGAGGAGCAGUCAGGACUCAAACCAGCGCUCAGAGGGGAUGCUGGCACUGCAGGUAGCAGCUUUACCCACUAUACCACAGCACCAGCCCCUAAAAUAAUUUUAAGAAAAUAAUGUGAAAGUCAGGGCCAGUGCUGUGGCAUAGUGGGCCAAGACUUGGCCUGCGGUGCCAGAAUCCCAUUUGGGCGCCCAUUCUAAUCUCUGCUGCUCCUCUUCCAAUUCAGCUCUCUGUUGUGGCCUAGGAAAGCAGUGGAAGAUGGCCCUAGUGUUUGGGCCCCUGCAUCCAUGUUGGAGACCCAGAAGAAGCUCCUGGCUUCUGACUUUGGAUCAGCCCAGCACCGGCCAUUGAGGCCAUCUAGGGAGUGAACUAGUGCAUGGAAGAUGUUCUCUGCUUCUGCCUCUCUCUCUAACUCUACCUUCCAAAUAAAUAAAUAAAAUCUUUAAAAAAAGAUAAUGUGAAAGUAUGAGUGAUAUGCCAUUUUUCUUUCAAUGGAGACUUUCCAAAUGUGUAGUGAACACUUCCUUUUACUUUCCAUUGGCCAAGACUUAGUCCUGGCUGCCAGGAAAAUAGGAAAUUCAGUUUUUCAUACAGGUGAUCCAGGAUACUGCUAAACAUAUAGGGUCUGUUUAACUGGCAGAGAAAGUGAUAAUGGAUAAUGUUUAGACCAUUAGAAAAUAUGCCGAUUCGCCGAGAGGAGGGCGCGCGCCCAUCCUUGUAGCAUCGCGAGAGGCGCUGGUGUCCCUAGCCGUGGCACCGGCAUCUGCUGAGACUGCUCCCUCCGACUCGUCCUUUCUUCUUUCGUUCCCCUUCCCUUCUUCACCUCGCACCUUGGAGGAGCGUGAACAGCUUGCCUGAGGCCUAUAAAGACAGGCCAGUUUGGACAUGGAAAAUCAAGAAGCAACAGAUUCUACUCAGAAUGCCAAACAGUGUAUUAUUUUAGAGGAGUUAAUUUCAGAAGGAAAAUGGGUCAAGCUUGAAAAAACAACUUACACGGAUCCUACUGGUAAAACUCGAACCUGGGAAACAGUGAAACGUACAACCAAAAAGGCACAGUACGCUGAUGGUGUAGCGGUCAUUCCGGUGCUGCAAAGAACUCUUCACUAUGAGUGUAUAGUUCUGGUGAAACAGUUCCAGCCGCCAAUGGGAGGCUACUGUCUCGAGUUCCCGGUAGGUCUCAUGGACGACGGUGAAAGCCCAGAAGCAGCUGCGCUCCGGGAGCUGGAGGAGGAGAUGGGCUACAAAGGUGACAUUGCUGAGUGCUCUCCAGCUGUAUGUAUGGAUCCAGGCUUGUCCAACUGCACCACCCACAUAGUGACAGUAACGAUUAAUGGAGAUGACGCCGAGAACGUCAGACCAAAGCCAAAGCCAGGAGGAGAAUUUGUGGAAGUCAUUUCUUUACCAAAGAACGACCUGCUCAAAAGACUUGAUGCUCUGAUAGCCAAAGAACAUCUCACAGUGGAUGCCAGGGUCUAUUCCUAUGCUCUGGCACUGCUGAAACAUGCAAACACGAAGCCAUUAGAAGUGCCCUUCCUGAAAUUUUAAGGCCAAAGAGGGCACUGGCCACGUCUUUGUAAACGAGACCACCAGGCCUUCUUCACUGAGACUUUGUAUUCAACUUAGUUGACUGUAGAUUUGAACUUAGUUUUUUCAUAAAAUAAAAGCAGCACAGAGUGCAAAAAAAAAAAAAAAAAGA